CACAAGGUUAAAGUCCUCCUCUUAUACUUUGACCUGGGAUUAAAGCCCUCCCUUUUGGUCCAGGGUUAAAGCUCUCUCCCGCCAUUUGACCCGGUGUUGAAACCCUCCCCUCUAUUGACCCAGGGUUGAAGUCCUUCCCUUGGACUCAGAGCCCAUAUUCCAGAAACACACGCCGGCACCCACCUCACCACUUCGGUGUGCCCCUUGUAAGCGGCGAUCAUCAGGCAGAUCGUGGCGUUUUUUUUUACGUUUGAGCGUAACAGAUAUCAGCUGACUGGAGUUGGCACAGGCAGAGGGCAGAUUUCAAACGGGAGAGGGCGUUCCGGACGGACCAAGUGUAGCGGCGGAGAGGGUGUUCCCUGCACUGUGGGACAAGAAGCAAGUUGAAAGCAUGUGAAAGCCUUUCUCGGCGGCAGCCGAGCUCCCUCCGAUCGCUUAGAGGAAGAGAGUGGACGAGUCCAGCGUAUCCACCCAGGCGGCGUUGAACACGAUGUGAGCUGCGAGCAGGGUGGCAAAUUCCUCCAUCACAUCUGGUGCAGAUGUGCCUUCUGCAUCGGGAUUUUGCAAGUGCAAAAAAAACCUUUAUUAGAACAGGGAAGCCGGCGCCUUGUGCACAGGACUGAGGCAACUCUACAAUGCGGAAACGGCAGCAGCAACCUCUACAAACUCCCUUCUUCCUGCCCAGGAAUGCAGGAAAGGAGCAGGAGAACCUGGACAAAAAGCCCCAGUUUCACUUGGAUCUUUGGUUUUACUUCACGGUGCAAAACUGGAUCCUGGAUUUCGGCCGCCCGAUUGCAAUGAUUAUCCUUCCUCUGGAAUGGUUUCCGCUAAAUAAACCAAGUGUUGGUGAUUAUUUCCACAUGGCCUACAAUGUCAUCACUCCAUUCCUCCUGCUGAAGCUUAUUGAACGCUCCCCCAAGACUCUCCCUCUGUCAGCGGUGUAUAUCUGCAUCAUAACAUUCGUGAUGGGAGCCAGCAUUCACCUCGUAGGCGACUCCGUGAAUCACCGGCUCAUUCUGAGUGGAUACCAGUUGCACUUGUCCGUCCGGGAAAACCCAAUCAUGAAGGACCUCAAGCCGGAAACACUGAUUGACUCCUUUGAGCUUCUUUAUUACUACGAUGAAUCCCUGGGUCACCUGAUGUGGUAUGUCCCCCUCUUCAUCAUUUUCUGCCUGUAUUUUACGGGCUGCUUCACCCGGUGUAACAAGGACAGCAGAAUGCCCCUGUCUGCAUGGUUGCUCCUUGGCCCUAGCAGCCUCUACUACUGGUACUUGGUGACCGAGGGCCAGAUCUUCGUCCUCUACAUCUUCACCACCUUUGCCAUGAUGGCAACAGUGAUGCAUAAAAAACGCCAAGGGUUGGUUAUGGACAGCAAUGGCCUAUUCCUCUUCUAUUCGUUCUGCAUCGCACUGGUCCUGAUCUCUGCUUGGGUAGCCUUCCUAUGGAAUGACAAAAUUCUCCGGAGAAAGUACCCCGGGGUUAUGUAUGUUCCAGAGCCCUGGGCAUACUACACCCUCCACAUUAAGAAAACGCAGUAGGAUUCUGACGGGCAAUGUUCCUCAACCUGAGGCUUGGCUGCCUCUCUCACAGUCAGUCAAAGCUUCUACUGAAGCUCGCAGACUCUUGCCUCACCAACAAUGACCGUUCCAGGUAAAGACUGGUGAAGGGUAUGGCAGUAUCAUAUAUGCCAAACCCCCAUCCCACAACACACCUACCAGGAGACGGCUCCUUUAAACCUGCAGGAAAUGCAAUAAAGCAAUGCAAGACAUCCAUCUGAUGCCCCAGUGCACCUCAGCACAAGAAGUCUAUUUCACUUCCUUCCAGAGCAGAGCAGAAUCAGAAUCAGGUUUAAUAUCACUGACAUAUGCCAUGAAAUUUGUGGUUUUGUGGCAGCAGUAUAGUGCAAUACAUAAAAACAAACUGUAGAUUAUAAUAAAUAUUUACAGUGGCAUGCAAAUGUUUGGGCAACCUGGUCAAAAUUUCUGUUACUGUGAAUAGUUAAGUGAGUAGAACAUGAACAGAUCUCCAAAAGUCAUAAAGUUAAAGAUGAAACAUUCUUUUCAGCAUUUUAAGCAAGAUUAGUGUAUUAUUUUUGUUUUGUACAAUUUUAGAGUGGAAAAAAAGGAAAAGAGCAUCAUGCAAAAGUUUGGGCACCCCGAGAGCUUUGAGCCCUCAGAUAACUUUUACUAAGGUCUCAGACCUUAAUUAGCUUGUUAGGGCUAUGGCUUGUUCACAGUCAUCAUUAGGAAAGGCCAGGUGAUGCAAAUUUCAAAGCUUUAUAAAUACCCUGACUCCUUAAACCUUGCCCCAACAAUCAGCAGCCAUGGGCUCCUCUAAGCAGCUGCCUAGCACUCUGAAAAUUAAAAUAAAUGAUGCUCACAAAGCAGAAGGCUAUAAGAAGAUAGCAAAGCAUUUUCAGGUAGCCGUUUCCUCAGUUCGUAAUGUAAUUAAGAAAUGGCAGUUAACAGGAACGGUGGAGGUCAAGUUGAGGUCUGGAAGACCAAGAAAACUUUCCGAGAGAACUGCUUGUAGGAUUGCUAGAAAGGCAAAUCAAAACCCCCGUUUCACUGCAAAAGACCUUCAGGAAGAUUUAGCAGACUCUGGAGUGGUGGUGCACUGUUCUACUGUGCAGCGACACCUGCACAAAUAUGACCCUCAUGGAAGAGUCAUCAGAAGAAAACCUUUCCUGCAUCCUCACCACAAAGUUCAGCGUCAGAAGUUUGCAAAGGAACAUCUAAACAAGCCUGGUGCAUUUUGGAAACAAGUCCUGUGGACUGAUGAAGUUAAAACAGAACUUUUUGGCCGCAAUGAACAAAGGUAUGUUUGGAGAAAAAAGGGUGCAGGAUUUCAUGAAAAGAACACCUCUCCAACUGUUAAGCACAGGGAUGGAUUGAUCAUGCUUUGGGCUUGUGUUGCAGCCAGUGGCACGGGGAACAUUUACUGGUAGAGGGAAGAAUGAAUUCAAUUAAAUACAAUAUCAGCAAAUUCUGGAAGCAAACAUCACACCAUCUGUAAAAAAGCUGAAGAUGAAAAGAGGAUGGCUUCUACAAUAGGAUAAUGAUCCUAAACACACCUCAAAAUCCACAAUGGACUACCUCAAGAGGCGCAAGCUGAAGGUUUUGCCAUGGCCCUCACAGCCCCCCGAAAAAAACAUCAUCGAAAAUCUGUGGAUAGACCACAAAAGAGCAGUGCAUGCAAGACGGCCCAAGAAUCUCACAGAACUAGAAGCCUUUUGCAAGGAAGAAUGGGCGAAAAUCCCCCAAACAAGAAUUGAAAAACUCUUAGCUGGCUACAGAAAGCGUUCACAAGCUGUGAUACUUACCAAAGAGGGUGUUACUAAGUACUGACCAUGCAGGGGGCCCAAACUUUUGCUUUGGGCCCUUUUCCUUUUCUGUUAUUUUGAAACUAUAAAAGAUGGAAAUAAAAAAGUAAUCUUGCUUAAAAUAGUAAAGAAAUGUGUCAUCAUUAACUUUAUGCCUUUUGGAAAUCAGGUCAUCUUUUACUUGCUUAGCUAUUCACAGUAACAGAAAUUUUGACCGGGGGUGCCCAAACCUUUGCAUGCCACUGUAUAUAAAUAAAUUACAAUAAGAAACAUUAAGAAAAGGUUAUAUUAAAUAAGUAGAGCAAAAUAGUGAGGUAGUGUUUCUGGGUUUAUUGUCCAUGUAGAACUCUGAUGAUGGAAGGAAAGAAACUGUUCUUAAGAUGUUGAGUGGGUGUCUUCAGGCUCCUGAGCUUCCUCCUUGAUGGUAGCAAUGAAAAGAGGGCAUGCCAGGGGUGAUAUGAUGGCCAACAAGCAUGGCUACAACGAGAAGCCACUUAGAUAUGGACCUUUGUUCGGCUGGACUAACGAGCCAUUGAGGUUUUUAACAGGUCCCUCUGCUGUAAGAUGGGGUCAUUUCAAAUGCACGUUAUAAUUGGUGAUACUGCUGUCACCUGCAGUUUGUCCGCAGUCUUCAAUGGAAUAUUAAAAGAUGAAUCCCACCUUCAGAUGUCUGUGUUUGGUUCAGAUACUGAUUGUUAUCUAUUGAGAUUUUGCAGAUGCUGGAAAUCCCGAGUAAAACACACAAAAUGCUAGAGGAACUCAGCAGGUCAGGCAGCAUCUAUGGAGAGGAAUAAACAGUCGACGUUUCGACCUGCAAGACUUCAUCAAGAUUGUUGAUGUUUUGGGCCGAGACCUUUCAUCAGGUCCUGAUGAAGAAUCUCAGCUGGAAACAUCAACUCUUUAUUCCUCUACACAGCUGCUGCCUGACCUGUUGAGUUCCUCCACCAAUUUUGUGUGUGUUAUCUAUUUAAUAACGAUAAUUUUAGACCAGGUGACAGCAGGGAUCAGGGAUGAGAGCAAGUUUUCAGAGUCUGGCUAAUCAAUGACGGCACAACCUCUAACAGUAAAGUGGGGAAGGUAAACAGGGGUGCCACCACCUGCAGUGCCCCACUAUCCCACAUGGUGGCGUUGCUGUUAGCGUGAUGCUUUUCAAUGCCAGCAAUUAGGGUUCGAUUCCUGCUGCUGCCUAUAAGGAGUUUGUACAUUCUCCCUGUGACUCCAGGUGUCCCAAUUUCUCCCUCAGUCCAAAAAUGUAUGCAUUAAGGUUAAGUAAGUUGUGGGCAUGCUCUGUUGAUGCCGGAAGCAUGAGGACACUUGCAGGCAUUCCCCCAGCACAUCCUCGGACUGUAUUGGUCGUCGUUCACUGUAUGUUUUGAUGUGACCAAUAGAGCUCAUCUUUAAAACUGUACACCAUCCUAACCUGAAAAUCGUCAAUGGUCCCGAAUCCUGGAACUGGCUCCCUGUCAGCCCUGUGGGAGCACCUUCACCAGAGACACUGAUAUUUCCAGAAGGCUCACGCCCACAGUCUCAUUCACUGAUAGUCAAUAAACGCUGGCCUUGAAAGUGAUCCAUAGACACCAUAAGUGAGUAAAAUAUACCCACAGUCAGAAGUAACACCAUUAGAAAAGGCAAUGAACUGGAUGACCAAUCGAGUGGUAAAUGGACAGAGUCAGAGACCUGGAUUAACUCAUUCAUCCCACUCCCGUCAGGGAGGAGGCUAUGUAACAUCCAUGCCAGGACCGCCAGACUCAAAAAGUCACCUUCCACAAGCAAAGUUCAAAGUACAUAUCGGCCACUAUGUACAACCUAAGAUUCAUUUUCUUGUGGGCAUACUCAAUAAAUCUAUAAUAGAAUAGGAGCAAUAAUAGAACCAAUGAAAGACCGCACCAACUUGGGUGUUCAACCAGUUUGCAAAAGUCAACAGAUUGCGCAAAUACAAACAGAAAGAAAUUAUAAUAAUAAAUAAAUAAGCAAUAAAUAUCGAGAACAUGACAUAAAGAGUCCUUCAAAGUGAGUCCAUAGGUUGUGGCGACAUUUCAGUGACAGAGCAAGAGCCUGAUGGUUGAGGGGUGAUAACUGGUCCUUUAGCUGGUGAGUAUGAGUCCUGAGGCUCCUGUACCUUCUCCCUGAAGGCAGCAGCAAGAAGAGAGCGUAUCCUGGGUGGUGGGGUCUCUGAUGAUGGAUGCUGCUUUCCUGUAACAAAGUUUCAUGUAGAUGUGCUCAGUAGUGGGGGAGGCUUUACCCAAUGUUGGACUGGGCUGUAUCCACUACUCUUUGUGGGAUUUUCCGUUCAAGGGCAUUGGUGUUUCCAUACCAGGCGGUGAUGCAGCCAAUCAAUAUACUCUCCAGCACACAUCUAUAGAAGUUAGUCAAAUUUUUAGAUGUUACGCCGAAUCUUCACAAACUCCUAAGGAAGUAAAGGCACUACCAUGCUUUCUUCAUAAUUGUAUUUACAUGCUGAGCCCAGGACUGGAACAACACCGAGGAAUUUAAAGUUGCUGAUCAUCUCCACCUCUGAUCCUCUGGUGAGCUACUUGGUCUUGCUGACAUUGAGUACAAGGAUGUUGUGGCAUCACUCAGCCAGAUUUGUCACCACCUUUGAUUCAGUCUACAACAGUGGUGUCGUCAGCAAACUUGAAUAUGGCAUUGGAGCUGCACAGUAAGGCUGAUCACCAACCCACCUUCUAACCCACCACUACUUUAUAAUUUCCUUACGUACAGACACUCCUAUGCCUAGAGUCAUUUUUUGGAUGUAAAAUUAAUCUAUGUAUAUAAGUUAUCUUAUGUAUUUAUAUUUAUUGUGCAUUUUUUAUUAUUGUGUUAUUUAUCUCAUUGUGUUUUUUUGUGCUGCACCCAGAGUAACAAUUGUUUUGUUCUCCUUUACGCUUGUGUUCUGGAAAUGGGUGCUACGGUGAAGGUGAGUCUGUACCAAAGGAGUUGUAAGGUGUAGCACCUGCCUAGCCUCCUGAUCCGGGUCAUGUGAAGCUGUGGGAGCAGGUGGUGGACGAUCAUAUGAGCAGCCGGUACAUAUCGCAAGUCCUGAUUAUGUGACCACUGACGCCAGGCAGACAAUCUCUGAAGAGUAUUGAUAAUGGCUGGGGUCACCUGUCUUGUAAAGACACUGCCCAGAAGAAGGCAAUGGCAAACCACUUCUGUAGAAAAAAAUUUCCAAGAACAGUCAUGAUCAAAACCAUGAUCACCCAUGCCAUAGAGGGAGUACAAAGAAGGUUCACCAGAUUGAUUCCUGGGAUGGCAGGACUUUCAUAUGAUGAAAGACUGGAUGAACUAGGCUUAUACUCGUUGGAAUUUAGAAGAUUGAGGGGGAUCUGAUUGAAACGUAUAAAAUCCUAAAAGGGAUUGGACAGGCUAGAUGCAGGAAGAUUGUUCCCGAUGUUGGGGAAGUCCAGAACGAGGGGUCACAGUUUGAGGAUAAAGGGGAAGCCUUUUAGGACUGAGAUUAGGAAAAACUUCUUCACACAGGGAGUGGUGAAUCUGUGGAAUUCUCUGCCACAGGAAACAGUUGAGGGCAGUUCAUUGGCUAUAUUUAAGAGGGAGUUAGAUAUGGCCCUUGUGGCUACAGGGAUCAGGGGGUAUGGAGGGAAGGCUGGUGCAGGGUUCUGAGUUGGAUGAUCAGCCAUGAUCAUACUGAAUGGCGGUGCAGGCUCGAAGGGCCGAAUGGCCUACUCCUGCACCUAUUUUCUAUGUUUCUAUGAUGACUGGAAAUGACAUUAAACGAUCUUGAGUAAGUUUUUGCUGAAUGUCCAUUAGAUAUAGAGUUGGAUCAACUAUUCUUUCUACACUUCAUUUCAGGUUUUGAUGAAAGAGAAGUUCUUUCCAUCAAACAAUAUGACUGCUAAAGAGAAUGCAGAUUUCUGAUAAUAUAAUAGGUUCUGCAGAUGCUGGAAAUCCAAGCAACACGCACACAAAAUGCUGGUGGAACUCAGUGUUCCUCCAGCAUUUGUGUGUGUGUGUGUGUGUUGGCACAAAUUUCAGAUCAUUGCUGAGGAUUGAGAGGUGGCGAGUUCAUUUUCUCUCACAGUGCACAAUGUCAUCAUCAGGAGAGAACUGCCCAGAGGCAUCAGGAAAGUGGAUCCAAUCGUAAUCUCGUCAGGCAACUAGAUAAAUAAUUGAAGAAGUCCAAUUCACAGGGCAAUAAUGAAGGAGCGG